AUGAUUCUGGCCACCUUAAAGGGCAUCGGGAAGCAGCUCCUGCGGGUGAAGGUUGUGGACUGUAACACGGAAGAUUCCCGCUUGUCUCGAUGCCUGAACACCUUCGACCUGGUGGCGCUGGGCGUGGGCAGUACGCUCGGCGCGGGAGUCUACGUGCUGGCUGGAGCUGUGGCCAGAGACAGCUCCGGUCCUGCGAUUGUCCUGUCCUUCCUCAUCGCCGCCCUCGCUUCAGUACUGGCUGGUCUUUGCUACGCCGAGUUUGGAGCCCGGGUCCCUAAAACUGGAUCCGCUUACCUCUACAGCUAUGUGACGGUCGGAGAGCUGUGGGCCUUCAUCACAGGCUGGAACCUCAUCCUCUCUUACGUCAUCGGUAAAACUCUCUAAAUAAGAAAGUUAAAGACGUUUGCUGAUAAAACAGGUCGACUUAAAUUCUUCAUCUCCACACAGGAACUUCGAGUGUGGCCCGAGCGUGGAGCGCCACCUUCGAUGAGCUAAUUGGACGGCAGAUUGAGGCGUUCUGCAGAGAGCACAUGCCCAUGAAGGCUCCAGGAAUCCUGGCCGAGUAUCCAGAUAUAUUUGCAGUUUUCAUUAUCCUCACUCUGACAGGUGAGGACCAGAUUUUUACUUCAAAUUUUGUUCAAUUUCUGUAUUUUCAAACACUAAAUUUCAUCUCUUCUCCCGCUGCAGGACUUCUCGCGUUCGGAGUGAAAGAGUCGGCCUUGGUGAACAAAGUCUUCACCUGCAUCAACGUUCUGGUGCUGCUGUUUGUGAUCAUCUCCGGCUUGGUCAAAGGCGACACAAAAAACUGGAGCUUGAACCCUGAUGAAAUCCUUAACGUCACCAACAACAACAACAACAACAACUCCUUCAGCAAGUGAGUGAAACCGUCAGAUUUUAUAACGUCCCUGUUGACUUUUGUUUCAAGUAACCUGACAAACUUUUCUUUUUCUUCCAGUUUCUCAGUACCUUUACCAAGUAAAGAAAGUCUGGGUUCAGGCGGCUUCAUGCCGUUUGGUUGGACUGGAGUCCUUUCUGGUGCUGCCACCUGUUUUUACGCCUUUGUUGGGUUUGACUGCAUCGCCACUACAGGUGAGGCGGGACACAUCAACACACUCAUAGCUACUUGGCCCGGUCUCAGAGUCCUGCUAAGUCCAGGAGGGCUUAGGGGUGUCCCUGAGGGUUCUGUGUGAGAUCCUUUCACUCAGUGGAUAUCCCUGCAGACUUAGUGUGAGGGAAUUACAGAUAGUUGACGGCAUUUUAAUGUGAAUCACCGGGUUCCCAGGGGAAGCCUGCAAGCAUGAGAGGCUAAAUGGACCCCAAAACAUGGAAAUUAAGAGACCAAAUAAGAAAUGUGGAAGGUGCAGUGUUUACGCUUUAAAAAAUGUCGAAGUAUGAAUCCGAAAUAUUGCCAGGGUUCACCUGUGCACCUGUUUCUAUCUCCGAAAAGCUCAUUUCUGACUAAAUGAAACCAGAUUCUUCCUCCGUCUUGAGGGUUGGGUUCAUCCUGCAGCACAAAAACGAACAAUAUCUGUUUGUCAAAAAGUUUGCAGAGAUAAAUAUAAAUAACUUCUCUGCUUCUCAUGAUUUAUCUGAAACAUCAAACUUCUACUCUGUUUAAAGCUCCAAUUAGGAGUUUUUAGACCCUUUUGAAAUAGACUAAAAUUUGUAUUAAUGCCUUUUAUGGUUUUAAAAAAAGUAAACAAGAUCAUCAAAAAAUAGAUGGAAGUUUUUUAUAUUGUAAUUUUUAACACCUAAUCCUGGUGUGACGGAGGUAGCAGGAGAAAUAGCCCCAUUUUUUAAUUUAUACAUAAUAUUAUGAAUAUGUGGUUUGAUUUGAGUGUCAAAAUCUGCAGCAAAGUCCUGUCCCAUACUUAGAUUUAUCCGAAAAUCAUUCACAUAAUCCCACUCCAGGUCUUAAAGGACUCAGAGUUAAGGGUCAAGGGUUCAGGGAGGAAAUAAAAACUCGCCCCCCCUCUCUCUGACGUCCUCGGUGAUAUUUCCUUUGCAGGAGAAGAAGUGAAGAAUCCUCAGAGAGCCAUCCCCAUCGGUAUCGUGGCCUCUCUCCUGAUCUGUUUCGUGGCCUACUUCGGCGUGUCGGCGGCCCUCACGGUGAUGAUGCCGUACUACCUGCUGGACAUGAACAGCCCUCUGCCCGUGGCCUUUAAAUACGUGGGCUGGGAGGGGGCCAAUUACGCAGUGGCCAUCGGCUCUCUGUGUGCUCUGUCGACCAGGUAAGAGGCUCUCUGCCGCCUCUCAGCAUGAGAAGCGGAGGAGCUCUUUAAUGUUUGCAGACUUUUUUUGGGAUUAAUAACUCCAGUGCACCAAAAUCCACAUUUUCAUUUCCUCCUGUCGUGUUUAAUUUUGUGCUUAAGUGAUCCACUGAAUGAGAAUUUACAGAAUAAUCCUUUAAAGGUGAUUCUUAUGAGAUGUAUGUGUAACACUUAUGCUGCUUGACACACUUUAAAGUGCCCUGUGGUGUUUUUUCUCGUAAACAAACAAACUCCUUGUUUGCAUACAGUGUGACUCAGCGAAACAUUGUGUGUUCCCCUCCGAGGUCUAACAAAAAUCGUUGCAUACAUUAGCCUCCGUGUGAAACGUUUGCAGAACAGAUUUGUCUCGAAGGUUUAGAACCUGAAUUGUUGACAUCGAGGCUCUCAGUCUGCCCUCCAGUCAACAUAUCAGAUAAAUAUAUGUGCAGUAUUUACUCAGUGUUACAUAGCCAGUGAUAGGGCUGGGCGAUAAACCGGAAAUAUGCCGAUACAGAAAUUUACAACAAUAACAGAUGUCAUUUUGCCCAUAUCGGUAAAUCGGGUGUCAAAUAAAUAAUAAUAAAAAGAAAAGUCAGUUGUGGAGAUUUGAUUUGACGACAUCUCUGAAUUUAACGGUAAAGACAGGGAGGUUUUGUGGCCAAAGAGGUCAUUGCAUGGUCUCAUCUAUACCUUGAAGCUUUUAAACUUCAUACUCCUGUUGUUCAUUGUUAGAGCGUUUGGUGGCACUUACAUCCGUGAGGGUUUUCUACUGUUUUUAGUUGUAUUUUACCAAAUAUUUCAAAUACAGCGUAAAUAAGACAAUUGUAAAGGAAAGACAAAUGCUAAACUAGCUAAACAGUUGAAAAAAAAUGGAUAAAUCGCAAGAUGUUGUAUCGUAAUACUCACUGUAUUGCAAAAUGUUAAGAACCGCUAUAAUAUCGUAUCGUGUAUCGUAUGGUGUAUUUAUCGUUAUCGAGGUGAACUGCUCAAUAUAUCGUGAUAUUGAUUUUAGGCCAUAUCGCCCAGCCCUAGCCAGUGAUGCUCUUUAUGUCUUAUCUUCAGAUUGUCACUCAGCCCCCUGUAAUAUUUCCUAACCGUGUGUUUUUUCACCUGCACGGCAUGCAUUUCUCUCUCUCUCUCCUCUACUAGCCUGCUAGGUUCCAUGUUCCCAAUGCCCAGAGUGAUCUGGGCCAUGGCGGAGGACGGCCUGCUCUUCAAAUGUUUGGCUAAAAUCAGCCCGAGAACCAAAACCCCUCUAACAGCCACUAUAACAUCCGGUGUUGUGGCAGGUGAGCGUGACCUCUAAACCUACUAACUGUUUGGGGUUCAUAGACGACACUCUCGGUGCACAAGGCCUCAACGAGAGCUCAAGACUGAAGAUACUCCAAUCUGACCCUGUCUAUCGGACAGAGGAAGGCUAAGGUUGAGGCGUUGUGUAAAAGCAGAGUUGUGAAAGAAGUUUUUUUUUGAAGUAAAAAAAAAAAUGUCUGCUCCCUCCUUCUUCCUCCAUCCUCGGCUUAGUCUCCUCGGCUCCAUGUUUCCUCUUCCUCGCAUUAUCUUUGCUAUGGCUCGCGAUGGUCUGCUCUUCUCUUUUCUGGCUCGUGUCAGCGAGAGGAAGACGCCCAUCAUCUCCACCUUUGUGGCCGGGCUUUUGUCUGGUAGGUGGCUGAGAGGAGGCCAGGGGCAGCAGUGCCCCCUUGUGGAAGGAGGAUGGUAGCAAAAGUAGCCUGUAGUCAUAGAUAAACAGACAUUAGCAGGAAUAAUCUGAGAAUAUAUUUGUUUUAAAGGGUAAAUGAUUAAAAAAAUGUCCUUUCUGCUCUGAAUUGUUGUAAAUUCUAUCUUUUUUUUGUACACGUAGAGUUUAGAGGAGUUGAUCAUCUUUCUGACUUUGUUGAUUUUUCCUCCUGUGCAGCUAUCAUGGCUUUCCUGUUUGACUUGAAGGACCUGGUCGACCUCAUGUCCAUCGGCACUUUGCUGGCCUACACUCUGGUGGCUGCCUGUGUGCUGGUCCUCAGGUACUCAACAUCCUUACUCAUGAACAGAUACGUUUAUUUAAGGAAUAUCAGGGCUUUAAAGUUGCAAAUAUUCAGGAAUAAAGUUGUAAAUUUAUGAGAAAUUAGGGGAAGAUCAGGAGAGCCGCCAGCUGUCUGAACUAAAAUGAGGAACUUGGAGUAUCUCAUGGAUUUUAACUUCACUAUAAGCUUCAUGAAAAACAAAGUACCCAGUCUUUUAGCAAGUUUGCAUCAUGUUUUCAUGAGAAUCAAAUUCUUGUGCGAGUAAGUGAGUCUAUUCUAAAGAAGGGCGGGAUAAAAAACAGCCUGUGCAAACUUGUCUUCAGUUGUUGAGCCAAAAACCACAAAAAUGCUCAGCGAUGCUCCUCCUGAUCCUCCCCUAUACUCUAUUUCAUGUUAUGUUACAUACAGGUAGAUUAAUCAUUAUUUCAAUCAUCAGGUACCAGCCGGAACAGCCCAGCGCGGUUUAUGAAAUGGCCAACACUCAGGAUGACUCCGAGCAGGCCGAGUCUUUCAGCGAGGGGAAGAUGGACAUGCUGCCUCAGCCCGACGAUCAUUUCACCCUCAAGAACCUCUUCAUGCCUUCAAACACCGAACCGUCUCCUCUGUCCGGGUUUGCCGUCAAUAUUUGCACUAGCAUCAUCGGUGAGGAGCACUCCGAGUCAGACACAUGGGAUAAUUCACCCGGUUACCAAAACAAAAGCUCAUCUUUGCUCGUCUUCUCCCCCCCCGCAGGUGUUCUGGUGUGUGUGUUCAGCGUUGUAGCCGUUCAUGGAGGUCUGGCGGUAUGGUCCUUGUUUAUCCUCAGUGUGAUUCUGCUGGUCUGUCUAAUUCUCACCAUCAUCGUGUGGAGACAGCCGCAGAGCAAGGCCAAGCUGGCUUUCAAGGUACAGAGCGAUCUUUCCCCCAAACAACUCCCUCGUGUCCUUUCAUAAUCUGCUUCACACGUACUCGGUUAAUCUCAAAGACGCCGUUAGACGCUUUCCAGAUUAGAUUGAAGUGAAACAGCAGAGCAAACAUCAAUCAGCAAACAGAGAGAAGAGGACAAUUUAGAGAACAGUGUUGCUGCAAACCUGCUCAACAAGCGCUCACUGAAGUAGGGCUGGGCGAUAAACUGAAAAUUUAUCGAAAACUCUUUUGUGGUGACACAUAAGCACUCCUCUGCCUGCAGCUGUUCAGGCCUGCAGGCUUUGAAAUGACAAUAAUACAAGAUGAGUGUGUGCAGUAUUUACUCAGUGUUACAUAGACAGUUAUAGGGCUGGGCGUUAGACUGAAAAUUUAUCGAUAUUGAAACACCCAACGUCAUUUUGCCUGAAAUCACAUCAACUAGUUCAUUUAAAACACCUGCAAAAGCUGAUAUCUUAGACCUACUUCAGUUGUUUACGAAAAGGCAGAGUGACGCCCUUGUGUUGUCAUCUCGUAGAACCCGCCUCAUUUCUCAGUAGAGAACAAUGAUUGGUUCAGCAAUCCAAGACCCACCUGCCAGUGAAAAUAAACAUGAACUAGCUGAUAAGUCUGCUGAUGCCACUGGACAGAGCAUCAUUUCCAGGUCCUGGAAUGUUCAGUGUAGGGCUGGGCGAUAAACGGAAAAUAUACCGAUACCAAAAUUUACAACAAUGACCAACGUCAUUUUUUCCCAUAUUGGUAUAUUUGGUGUCAAAGAGUAUAAAUAAAUAAAGGUUCAUUUUUGGAUGUAUGUAGGAAGGCUAUGGUCUCAUGUCCCUUUAAGACGCUGUCCUACGUUACAGACGUGACUCAUGGAGGACGGUUCAAAAGUUCUAGCAGCGGCUGAAGUAGACAAAGUUAAUAUUGGAGAGGGUGAGCAGCUUGUGGAGUAGUUAUCGUUCAUUUAUCGUUACUGAAGCGAACUGAUUAAUAUAUCGUGAUAUUGAUUUGAGGUCAUAUCACCCAGCCCUACAAAAACGAUAAAGAGUUGAGUAACAAAUAAGUCCUGGUCUUUAUGUGUUGAAUUCUCACCUCCUCUGUAGUUUAGACAGCUGAUUAGUUUUGACUUCAUUGAUAAGGAAAACUGAUCAUCAUCCUCAUAAUAGUGAACAUUUAUUCAGUGUUUCCUCAUAAUGUUACCAGGAGGGAGUUAAAAUGAAAUGAAAUGAAUCAGUCCCAUUUUUGGACGUUAUGGGACUCCAUGAUUGACUUUUUAUAAACACAGUUUUCCUCCAUUGAAAUAUAACCAUGUCCUCUAGAAGCUAAAGUUUAAUGAACCAUUAAUAAACAUCAUCAAUCUGACUUUCAAAAUAAGACGUCAAAUAUCCUUAAAGGUUCUGCAGUUUUCCUCCCUCAGCCCUCAGUCAGUUUCCUCUUUUGCAUUCAGUCGAGUUAAGAACAGGUUGUGAAGGAUCUCCCUGUAGCCAUACAUGUACCGUUCCUCUUCUUCCUGUUUAAAGUUUUGAUGAUUUAGCUCGGCGUCUCUUUGCUCACUAAAUAGAUCUUUUAAUUUCCUCUCAGGUUCCUCUGCUGCCUGUUCUCCCAGUCGCUAGUUUGUUCAUCAACGUCUAUCUGAUGAUGCAGCUCGAUAAGGGGACUUGGAUGCGCUUCUCUGUGUGGAUGGCUUUCGGUACAUUUUGGAUUUUUCUGUUUAUUUUUUUAGCCUGUUGAAUCUCUUCUGGUUUUCCUGGAAGGUAAAAAUCUUUGCCUCUGUGUUUUUUCAGGAUUCUUAAUCUACUUCGCCUACGGCAUCCGAAACAGCGCAGAGGCAGUGAUGACCGCACCUCCCGGCUUCACUCCAGCCUGUGCGAUAAAAGGAGAGCCCAUGGCAGAGAAAGAAGCCUUCUUACACAACCCGGAGAACGUGGAUGACGCAGACGAUGAUGAAGAUUCCUGA